UGAUCCCGCCUUCGGCUAACUGUGAUGUGGAUUUACGCUGAAGUGGACAGGUAGAAAAUAUAUCAAAUUUAAGAUGACCUUUGCGCCCAGACUGGAUAAAGUACAGAUAGCGGAGCCGAACACAGGGUCGAACUAUUUACCGCACACAUCAACUCGAAGAUUUAAUUUCUCAAUUGAAGAUCAAAACCUGCUAUGGAGGAGAACCUGUCAGUUGUACUGCACGGAAAGGAUGACAUGAGGUUGGAAAAUAAACCAAUUUCUCCACCAGGUCCCAGUGAUGUUUUACUACAAGUCCAUAGUGUUGGUAUAUGUGGAUCAGAUAUCAAAUAUUGGACACAUGGUUACUGUGGUCGCUUUGUCUUGGAAUCCCCCAUGGUCAUGGGACAUGAAGGCAGUGGUACCGUCAUCCAGAUUGGGAAAAAUGUUAAAGAUCUUAAAAUUGGUGAUCGUGUGGCUAUAGAACCAGGUAUACCAUGUCGUGAGUGUCAACUCUGUAAAGAUGGACGUUAUAAUAUUUGCAUUGAUGUCAAGUUUUGUGCCACUCCACCGGUUGAUGGUAAUCUCUGUCGGUAUUACACACAUCCUGCUGAUUUCUGCCACAAAUUGCCACCUAAUGUGAGUUUAGAAGAGGGCGCUCUGAUAGAACCCUUGUCUGUUGCAGUAUAUAGUUGCAGUAGAGGAAACGUAGGACUAGGAUCUAAUGUUCUUAUAUGUGGGGCAGGUCCAGUUGGGUUGUUAGUUUUAUUAACUGCCAAGGCUAUGGGAGCUGCAACAGUUGCAAUUACAGAUAUAGAUGAGCAUCGGUUAAGUAUUGCCAAGGAGAAAGGUGCUGAUUGUGUAAUAAUGGUGGAAAAAACAGACAAUAAACAACUAGCUGAGAGGACAGUGGAUAUUAUGGGAUGUUCCCCUGAUGUUGUCUUUGAAUGCAGUGGUUCUGAUGAUAGUCUGUGUAUGGGAAUUUAUGCAUGCAAGUCUGGAGGUUGUGUAGUACUAAUAGGCAGGGGAUCAUUGGAACCUACUAUCCCACUUGUCAAUGCAGCUGUCAGGGAAAUAGACAUCAAGGGAAUAUUCCGAUAUGCUAACUGUUACGCCAAAGCUAUAUCAAUGGUUUCCAGUGGUGCAUUGGAGGUAUCAUCUCUCAUUUCACAUCGCUUUGAUCUGACGAAGUCUUUGGAUGCCUUUACGACGGCCAAUGACAGGAAUUCUAAAGCUAUUAAAGUCAUCAUUAAUUGUGAUAAAUAAACUUUGUUCUUAUUGUGUGUAGAUUUUUGCAUAAAGAGUCCAUUGCUUGUAUUAUCAGAAUUCAAUGUUUGUACAUCUUUUAUGAUUUUAUUAAAAACCUGUAGUAUCAAUCAAAAUAUAGAUCUUCAGUAACAUUUA